AUGCAGAGAGAUCAAAGAUGUUUCCAGAGGACCUCUGGACAGCAGGCUGGAGGCAGGGCUCGGCAGGACAAUGAAGUUCAUCAAAAAGUUGAGCAGCUUGAAGCCCGGUUGUGUGAAGAGAGGACAAAAUGUUUUACAGAGAGUAGCACAAGACUCCAAUAUGGUCAAGAACUGGAAGACGCCAAGCUACAAAAACAGAAAACCCUGAAAGAAAUGUACAUCAACAGGGAAAAAGAAACCAGUAGAGAACUGGAGAAGACCACUGUUUCAUACCGUGAGCUCAGCCUCCAGUAUGAAACUGAAGUCACCGCUGUCAAACAGCAGGCUGAACCCUUUCCGCAAGAGCUUUCCCAGGAGAUCAACCAAAAGACUCUCCUUCAGCAACAGUAUGAGGACUUGCAAGUUAAGUUUGCAGCUGAGCAGGUCGAGAACAAGAAUCUGGAAGAAGAAAUGCAGAGAAUCAGUGUCUCACACCAUGGCAUCAUCCUCAGGUAUGAGUCUGAGUUGACCAAUGUCACACAGCAAGCUGAGACCCUUCAGCAUCAGCUUGACCAGGAGAUCGAGCAGAAGACCCUCCUUCAAAAUAAUUAUGAGGACCUGAAAGGGAGGUUUGAAGCUGAGCUGCAGGCUGAGCAGGACAAGAACAAGAUCCUUGAAGAGGAACUGCAGAGGAUCAAUGCUUCAUACCAUGAUGUCAGCUUCCGGUAUGAAACUUAUAUCAUCACUGCCACACAGCAGGUUGAAACCCUUCAACGUGAGCUUGACCAGCACAUGAAGUCUCAUGCAGACAUGGCGUCAGAGGGCUGGUGUAUUAUCGAUGACUUGAGGGAUGAGUGGGAGGAGGAGAUCAGUAUCCUGAGGCAAAACACCAUCAAGACGGAGAUGUUUUAUAAGAGAGAGCUGGAGGAGCUGAAAACUCAGCUCAGUGCUCAAAUCUCACUCAACCUGCAGCUCUCCAUCCCUAAUGCACCUGCCAUCGAAACCAUGGAAGAAGCUGAAGUCUCUGAGGAGAAGCCAUGCAAGCAACAGGAGUCCAUCACUAAUGCACCUACCUCUGAAACCAUAGAAGAGGCUGAAGGCUCUGAGGAGAAGCCGUGCAAGCAACAGGAGUCCAUCACUAAUGCACCUACCUCUGAACCCAUAGAAGAGGCUGAAGGCUCUGAGGAGAGGCAACCAAAGACUCCCUCCAAAUGGCAAAGAAUUCACUUCCUGGGGUUGAGGAAACCUCAGAGUUGGAAGAAGUAGGAGCAUUCAAAUCAAGUUUGUCACAUCAACGUCACAUGAAGUGAUGUGACAAUACACUUAAACAUCAUCAACAUCAACAUUUAGUGACAUCUCUCUGUGCCUAGCUCCACAAAACAUCAUAUUCAACAGAAGCACCUACUGACUAAAAGACAAAAGACAAUUUUAAAUCGCGCACAAUUUUGGUCAAGCAGGUAAGCUGAGUGUGUUUUUACUUUCAUCACGUUAAAUUAUGUUAGCUCAGA